AGGGAUAUCAUGCUCGCUAUAGCGCUGAGAGGCUCCAAAACUCUUGGGAGCAAGCUCACCUCGUCUAUCGUCGUUCGGAGGUGCGCAGCUACAGCUCCCAAGGAGGGCAGGCGAUGGUUGCAAAUCUCCACCACGAACUCCAACAUGGACUUCAGCAUCGCAGGGCAGGCGAAGGAAGGGAGGUCGGCAUUCCUUGAUAACCAGAGCACAACAGCAAUGGAUCCUCGCGUGCUUGACGCCAUGAUGCCUUUGCUGACCUGGCAGUACGGCAACCCCCACAGCAGGUCGCAUCACUACGGGUGGGAAGCAGAGGAGCUAGUGGAAGAGGCUCGCGGGCAUGUUGCGAAGUUGAUCGGAGCCGACGCCAAGGAGAUCGUGUUCACGAGUGGAGCGACCGAGUGCAACAACAUGGCAGUGAAGGGAGUGGCUCGGUUCUACGGAGCCAAGAAGAAGCACAUCAUCACGACUCAGACUGAGCACAAGUGCGUGCUCGACUCCUGCCGCGUGCUCCAGAACGAGGGCUUCGAGAUCACCUACCUGCCGGUGCAGGCCAACGGCCUGAUCAACCUGGACACGCUGCGAGCUGCGAUCAGACCGGAUACGGCGCUGGUGUCAGUCAUGGCGGUGAACAACGAGAUUGGAGUGAUCCAGCCCAUGGUGGAGAUCGGGAAGAUCUGCCGGGAGAACAAGGUGUUCUUCCAUUCGGACAUCGCACAGGCAGCAGGCAAGAUUGACGUCAACGUCAACGAGUGGAAUCUGGACCUCGCGUCCAUCUCCGGUCACAAGAUUUAUGGACCCAAGGGCGUCGGAGCGCUGUACAUCCGCCGCCGUCCUCGCGUGAGGAUUGAGCCGAUCAUCAGCGGAGGUGGACAAGAGCGCGGGCUCAGGAGCGGCACUGUGCCUGCUCCUCUUGCUGUUGGCUUGGGUGCGGCCGCCAGGAUCGCGCUGGAGGAGAGGGAAAGGGACUACGCUCAUGCUAAGCGGCUUUCAGAAAAGAUGUACAAGGCCGUCAUGCAGCGAGUGCCCCAUGUCACCCUGAACGGUGAUCCUGAGUCGCGCUAUCCUGGAAACCUCAACCUCUCCUUCGCCUAUGUGGAGGGCGAGAGCCUCCUCAUGGCCCUCAAGGAAGUCGCCGUCUCCUCCGGCUCCGCCUGCACCUCCGCCUCCCUCGAGCCCUCCUACGUCCUGCGAGCGCUCGGGGUGGACGAGGACAUGGCACACACGUCCAUCAGGUUCGGUAUCGGUCGCUUCACCACCGAGGAGGAGAUCGACUACGCUGUCAACCUGGUGGAGAAGCACGUGCAUAGGCUGAGAGAGAUGUCGCCUCUGUGGGAGAUGGUGCAGGAGGGGAUCGAUAUCAAGAAGAUCGAGUGGGUAGCGCACUAGAGGGGACAGAGCUGAAGGAAGAAGGAAGAGGCGGUGGUGGAAGCAGUGGGUUGUGCAGGAGGAGGACGAGGAUGAUGUUUUUCAGGACGGCCUUGUAAGAGAAAGAAUGAUCGUUUGC